GACAAGGGCGGGCCGCUCGGCUGGGGCUCCGGGAUUAGGCGCUGGGCAGUCUGGGGCGCGAGGAUUGGACAAGAGGCGGACUGAAGGCGGAGCCGAGGGCUGCGUGCCGGCGAUGGAGCACGCGGUGGAGCCCUGGGGCCCGGAUCUCCACGGCCCGGAGAAGAGGGAGCAGCUGAGGAGCGCGCGCACAGGUCUAGGGAGUGAGAAUGUGGAGAUUUCUGAGCCGGAUGAGUUUGAACAUACCCCACAGGAGGAUGACUUGGGGUUCAAGGAAGAAGAAGAUUUGACCCCAGGUCAUGAAGUAGGAAAUGCCUCUCUCAAACCUGAAGGCAUCCAGACUUGGGAUGACUUGUGGGUCCAGAGAGAAGGGCUAGCAAAGUCUCAGCCUCGGGACAGAGGCCCCCCCCGGCUCCUGGGAGAACCACGCUGGGGCCAGGCUAGUAGUGAUCGGGCUGCUGCUGUGUGUGGCGAGUGUGGCAAGAGCUUCCGGCAGAUGUCAGAUCUGGUGAAACACCAGCGGACCCACACAGGGGAGAAACCCUAUAAGUGUGGAGUCUGUGGCAAGGGUUUUGGAGAUAGCUCUGCUCGUAUCAAACAUCAGCGAACUCAUAGUGGUGAGAAGCCCUAUAGAGCUCGGCCACCAGCCCAGGGUCCCCCAAAGAUUCCUCGGUCUCGGAUCCCUGCUGGUGAGCGCCCUACUAUCUGUGGUGAAUGUGGCAAGAGCUUCCGGCAGAGUUCUGACCUGGUGAAACACCAGCGGACACACACGGGUGAGAAGCCCUACAAGUGUGGCAUCUGCGGCAAGGGCUUUGGCGACAGUUCUGCCCGCAUAAAGCACCAGCGGACACACCGGGGGGAGCAGCCCCCCCGGCCAGUGGUGCCCCAGCGGCAGCCAUCUCGGGCAGCCACGGCAGCUGCACAGGGACCCAAGGCCCAGGACAAGCCAUAUAUCUGCCCUGAUUGUGGCAAAAGGUUUGUGCUCAGUUGCAGCCUGCUCAGCCACCAGCGCAGUCACCUGGGGCCCAAGCCCUUUGGCUGUGACGUGUGUGGAAAGGAGUUUGCCCGGGGCUCAGACCUGGUGAAGCACCUGCGGGUGCACACAGGCGAGAAGCCCUACCUAUGCCCUGAGUGUGGCAAGGGCUUUGCCGACAGCUCCGCCCGAGUCAAGCACCUCCGCACCCACAGUGGUGAGAGGCCUCAUGCCUGCCCGGAAUGCGACCGCACCUUCAGCCUCAGCUCCACCCUUCUUCGCCACCGGCUCACUCACAUGGAGCCCCAGGACUUCAGCUUCCCAGGCUACCCCCUGCCCCCACUAAUUCCCAGCCCACCCCCGCCUCCUCUGGGUACCAGCCCCCCGCUGACACCUCGAAGCCCUUCACACUCGGGUGAGCCUUUUGGCCUGCCUGGCUUGGAGCCAGAGCCUGGGGGCCCACAGGCUGGGGAGCCACCCCCACCGCUGGCAGGCGACAAGCCCCAUAAGUGCCCUGAGUGUGGCAAGGGCUUCCGCCGAAGCUCUGACCUGGUGAAACACCAUCGUGUACACACAGGGGAGAAACCCUACCUCUGUCCUGAAUGCGGCAAGGGCUUUGCUGACAGCUCAGCCCGAGUCAAGCACCUCCGCACACACCGUGGUGAACGGGCCCGGCCACCACCACCGUCCACUCUCCUGCGCCCACACAACCCACCUGGCCCAGCACCCACAGCCCCACGACCCCGAGUUCGGGCCCAGCCUUCUGGACCCAGCCAGCCCCAUGUGUGUAGCUUCUGUGGGAAAGAGUUCCCCCGGAGCUCAGAUCUGGUCAAACAUAGGCGCACACACACCGGGGAGAAGCCAUACAAGUGUGCAGAGUGUGGCAAGGGUUUUGGUGACAGUUCUGCCCGUAUCAAGCACCAGCGUGGGCACUUGGUCCUGAGACCCUUUGGGAUAAGUGAUGAUAGGGCAAUGCCCCUCAAGGAGGAACCACCAACAGAACUGGAAUGAUGGGGUCCAGGCAGGGAGGGUGGAGGCCCAGGAGACCAAAGGAAGGGUCUCUGCUGCUGCUGCUGGAGCCAUGAAGAAAGGGCCUGGGAGGUGGUGGGAGGGAGGAGGAGGGAAAGAAAUGGGAGAAAGGAGUGAAUAGAUAGAAAUAGAGAUUGGAGACGAUAACCUUGAAGCUCAGGAAACUUAUUAGCUGGGCUCUGUCAGGACUCUGCCAGUAUGGGCUGUACCUGCAGCUUAUAGGACUCUGCCUAACACACAGGAGGCACUCAAUAAAUACUUGUUGAAGGGAUAAGCUGGCCUUAGCCUGAGGACUCUCAAAGAACCCUAAAUUCCUGCUGCCUCUAUCUGUUAAGAAUUGACCCCUCUCAACCUUGCCCUGUGAGGCCGACACCGGAACCAGGGCUUGUUUGACCUUAUGAGCUGCAGCAAUGGGACUUCUGGAAUUUAGAUGACAGAAUAAGGCAGGGGCAUCUUGAUCAUCCUGAUGGAGCUAGUAUUGCUGUGUGGUAGGUAGUACCCAUCCCUAACCUCAGGCCAUGGGACAUUAUCUUAGCCAAGAAGGGCACUCUUAGAUGGAGUCCAGACCUAUGUGCUCUUGGGAGUCCCAAUCCACCCUGACACCUGGACACUGGCAGAAUAGACCAGAGGCAGCAAAGGGCAUCCAAUCUUGAUGCCAACCCCAGGUCCUGGUAGACAGUAGAGACCAGCUGUCUGGGAGAAGGGCAGGACUGCAGUGAGGAGAGGCCUGAGAGGCCAGGGAAGCUUACGAGGCCCGACAGCCACAGUUCCGUGUGUCUCCUUGCCAAUAAACUGCUUCUUGUCUGAG